CUACCCCAUUAGUACGAGACAAGCAAUAUUGCCAUCGUCUCUCAAGUCAAAAUCUACUGCUAGAAUGCGUUUUUUGAGCUACAGUUGUUUUGGAUACCGAAUCUACUUCUAGCUAUUGAAACAAAACCUGCUUUUGGACCAUACCAACUUUUUAAUACACCUUGGUUGGUUUUGUUUUUAUGUUAUGUAGUUCAUUAUUAUGACAAAAAAAACUCUAUACAAUCAUGGAAACAAAACAAGGGUCAUGGCCAGGGAGUAAAUAAAUCAAGAUACACGAAUCAGAGAGAGAGAGAGAGAGAUAGACAUGUUCAACUAACAGCUGUGGCUACCCUGCAAAGCAAGAAAAUGGUUCCAGACAACAUGAAGAAACAACUUGCUUUGGCUGUGAGAAGCAUCCAUUGGAGCUAUGCAAUCUUCUGGACUGAUUCAACUACCCAACCAGGGAUGUUGAGCUGGGGGGAAGGGUAUUACAAUGGAGACAUUAAGACAAGGAAAACAAGUCAAGGAGUAGAACUUAAUUCUGACCAAAUAGGGUUGCAGAGGAGUGAGCAGCUGAGAGAGCUAUUCAAGUCCCUCAAAACUGCAGAAAUCAGCCCUCAAACCAAAAGGCCUUCAGCAGCACUGUCCCCAGAAGAUCUCACAGAUGCUGAGUGGUACUACUUGGUUUGCAUGUCCUUCAUAUUCAACAUUGGCCAAGGGUUACCAGGAAGAACUCUAGCAAAGGGUCAACCAAUUUGGCUGAACAGUGCCCAUUCAGCUGAUUGUAGAGUUUUUAGUCGUUCUCUGCUGGCAAAGAGUGCAUCAAUUGAGACGGUUGUGUGCUUUCCGUUUAUGGAAGGGGUUAUUGAGCUAGGUACUACUGAACAGGUCUCAGAAGAUUUGAGUAUCAUUCAUCAGAUCGAAACUUCUUUCUUGAAUAGUCUGCACGUCAAUGUUCCUAAUAAGUCAGGAGCUACAUUGAAAUCAAGGGACCAGGAAGAUCUUGCUUAUGUAUCAUUUGAUCAUAAUGCUUAUAAUGUUGAAUUAACACCAGAAGUUGGAUAUGAUAUAGCCAACACAACCUCUCCUAAUGGUAGUUCAAAUGCACUCCAAGCCAAUCAACCACUACAUGAAACAUUCAUGGUUGAAAGAAUAACAAGUGGCACUUCUCAAGUCCAAAGCUGGCAAGUUAUGGAUGAUGAAUUGAGCAACUGUGUCCACAACUCCAUGAAUUCCAGUGAUUGUAUAUCACAAACUUUAGCCAGCCCUGAGAAGAUUGCUUUUACCCCCAAGUGUAACAACCCUUCAGACCCUUGUGCCCGAGAUCUUCAAAAGUACAACAACCCAAAAAUGACCGUAGUGGAUCCUCGAAGUGAUGAUUGGCAUUAUCAGAGAGUUCUUUCUACCCUUUUGAAAAGCUCUGACCAGUUACUCAUGGGAGUGCAUUUGCAAAAACUUCAUCAGGAAUCAAGCUUUGUUAGUUGGAGGAAAGGAGGGCCAGUGGAUUGUCAAUGGCCUAGAACAGGAACCUCACAGAAGUUAUUGAAGAAGGUAUUGUUUGAAGUUCCUCAAAUGCACUUGGAUGGCCUGCAUGAGUCACAAGAAGAGAAUGACUACAAAGAGGGAAUGAGAGUAGAAGCUGAUGAAAUUGGCAUGAACCAUGUUAUGUCAGAGAGAAGGAGAAGAGCAAAACUAAACGAAAGGUUUUUGACCCUUAGGUCAAUGGUCCCUUCAAUCACUAAGGAUGAUAAAGUUUCAAUACUAGAUGAUGCAAUUGAAUACCUUAAAAAGCUUGAGAGAAGAAUAAAAGUGUUGGAAGCUCAGAGGGGGGUAACGGAUAUAGAGACUGAGACUAGAAGAUUACCACAAGAUAUGGUGGAGAGGACUUCUGAUCAUUAUUUUAGCAAAAGCAAUAAUGGCAAGAAACCAGUGGCAAAAAAGAGGAAGGUUAGUGGUGUAGAUGAGACAGGAAGAGAGAUUAAUUCAGAUGUUCCAAAAGGAAGUUAUGCUAAUGAUGUUACUGUGAGUACUAGUGACAAUGAAAUUGUGAUAGAAAUGAAGUGCCCCUCUAGAGCAGGAAAGCUGCUAGAAAUUAUGGAAGCAGUUAACAGUUUCAAUGUAGAUUUUAAUUCAGUUCAGUCAACAGAAGCUGAUGGAAAUCUUUAUCUGACCAUUAAAUCUGUGUUCACAAGAGCAAGUAUUGCAACCGCCAAAAGAAUCAAACAAGCACUUCAAAAAGUGGCUUCCAAGUCCUGAAUUUUUUGUCUUUGCCCUAAAAACCAUGGUAGUUCUUGUCACUGCCGUGUGACAGAGAGAAUUCAUUAGAUUGAUGGAGUCACAACUCACUGCUGCAGUUCUUGGAGAUUCUCUUUGAAGAUUUCUCAUAAAAGAAAAAUGUUGUCCUUAACACUUUCGGCUAUACCAUAACUCUUGGUGAUGUAACAUGGACUUUUAAGAACUUGUAAAUGGGUAGGUAGGCUCAGUUGACUAGAUUUUAUGGAAUGAUAUUAACUCCUAAGAUUGACCAA